GUUUUCGACAUUGAGCAUUCAGCACACCUCAUGAUAGGGUUCGGAGGUUUGGCACAAGGUGCAGUGGCAUCUGGUUUCACAGUGCAAGUUGCCGUGGACCAGAACCAACGGAUGUUGGAUCUCUACUCCAAGGUUGGAGAGGCCCAUUUGAUCUGUGGGGACGUGGGAGACAGAAAUGUUGUGAGUGAGAUUUGGCGCCAUUCCAGUGGUGCUGCAACCGUUACCUCGGGAUUCAGUUGCCAGCCCUUUUCCACUUUGGGCGAUUGCAAAAGCCAUGAGGACGACAGGUCGUGGUGGAUCCUGUCAUCCCCAGACAUUGGACCGGUAGAGCUGAAAGCCUGGCCAGUUCUGCAGAAUAUCCAGGUGUGGCCAACGGAUGCAUGUUUGAUUCAAGAUCAGAAACUUUGCGACAUGAUGAUGUUUUGGAAGGAACUUCAACACCUAUCGCUCCUUGAACUGGUCUUUCCACUUAGAUGGGAGGGGAAAAUUGAUGGCACUGUCAGUAUUGCUUCCAUUCUGGACUAUUUGAUCCGAACCCAUAUGGAAGUCAAACCCACGGUGGUUGAAAUUGAUGGCAAGUCUGAAGAAGAGGAAAUUCCAGUCUUUGACUUUCCUGCCAUUGUUGAUGACCCCAACACAGUUGGUUGCAUGUGCGCCGACUCAUGCACGGUGGUAUUCAAGGGCAGUGCUGACCCGCCAAUCCGGUUUCAACUCAAGUGUGGCUCAACAGUUGAGCAGUUCUUGCAAGCCCAAUUUGGUCUCACUGAGCAUGUGGAUAUUGAUUACAUUUCCCUGAAUGAUAAGUGUAUCAACCGUGAUCAUGUGCUUGAGGUGGGUCAAUUGAUCGUCAUUCAUGUGAGUGAGAAUGUUCCCCCAAGAGCCACCCAUGAGAUUGCUGUCUCUCCAACUGCGAUUUGGUCUCAGCCGGCAAUUGAAACACCCAUUGCUUCUGUACCGCAGAAAGUUUCAAAAUUUGAUGUGGGUGAGUGUGUCACACCAACCAUGGUUCUGCCUGAUGAUCAAACUUGGCUCGACGCGUCUGCCUUGCAAGGCCUUACGGGUGACCAAUUCCUGAAACUGCAGGUUCCAUGCGUGUUGAACGCACAACAGCUUUGGUCGCUGCGUCACCAAUUCCUGCGCACGUCAGACAGAAUUGCCAUCCUUGAGAGCCAGAUGCAAUUUUGGGCCGACGAUGAAACCAGGUUUCACUUGAACGCCACAGUACAAGCAUGCCAGGAUGCCCGUGUCAAGGCUGGAGGUACUUUCCCUGAGAUUUGUAUGAUUGACCCCCUGGUUUUCUCUGCGUGGGUUCAGAACAAGGGAUUUGAUGUUGCUUUGUGGGCAAGAGAUCAUCCUGAAAUCUCUACCAAAGGGGUGCCUAUUGUAACGGUUGUCCUCCUGGCUGGUCAUUGGGUACCACUGUUCAUGUCCCCGGUGAAAGGAGUCCUCAACGUCCACACCUGGGACGGAAUGAAUGCCUCACAUGAUGGUCUUGAGGGGGUCAUCACAGCCCUUUCCGAUGCUUUGGGUUUCCAAGAAGCAAUGAUUUUACGUGAGCACCGAUUGUUCUUCACUACUGAGCUCUGUGGGGCUUUGGCCAUUGCUUUCAUUCGGCACGUGCUGAUUGGGACGCAACUUCCGAGUGACUGCACCGAUGCAACGGUCAUCCAUGCGCGAUUGAAAGAGGCAUAUACCAAAGAACUUGUAAGAUGCCAAAUUGCCCGUCGCCCAUGGAUCUGGGGUGCGGGCGACAAAACCGCAGGAACCCGAGUCGCAGCUAAUGAUCUGCAACUGGCGGUGAAUAUCACACGUGACCAAAGAAUUGAUUUGAUUAAUGAAAAGGGUUUCGCCAUGGGUGAUGAUGAAGUCAGGUUUCACCUUUUGAACCUUGUGGAUAACCAGCCAAAUGCUUCUCUGCCUAUUCAUGAAAGGAAAUUUGUUUCCAUGGAACCCCUGGUCUUCAGUUGCUGGGAUUCUAUCGGGCAUAUCAUUGCGAGUCAGUGGUGCUUGAAGAACCCACAGAUCUUUGCACAUGGACAGAAUGUGGUCACUGCUGUUGCGGUUGAUGAUCAUUGGUUACCCUUGUGGAUGGUCCCUGACGGGCAAACCCUCCAGGUUCACACAUUCCAAUCAGACGUUGACUUCACUCCGGUUGAAGCCAUCAUUUCCACAUUGGCCGAAAAGCUGGGCUUUAGUGCUCAUGUCAUCCACAGGAUCCCACAAGGACUGCCGGAGCAUAUGAUGUGUGGGGCCCAGGCCUUGACCUUCAUUGCACAUGUGAUCGUCCACAUGAAGACCAAGCUGCUCUUGACCAACGACGACAAGAUAGGCGGGCUUCACGCAUGUGUCGAUUCAUGCAUCCGUGCAUGGCUGCACCUUCACUAUGUUGGGGAAGGGUCUCCCAAAGCUGAUGCCCUUACCGAGCGCUGGGGUUUUGGUCCUCAAGGACAGUUGACUAAGCUAUACAUGCCUUUCGUUCCAGUUUGCAUUUUGCAAGAAGCCCCUUUCCUUAUUGCAUUGGUGGACACCCCGUCCCUGCGCAAAACAACCGUGUCUUCCAUGCCGCUUGGAGAGGUGUUGCUGUUUUAUCCAAAUUUCCGACACGUGAAGUACCACACAUGUGAUUGGAAUUGUGAGAUGGGAGCACUGCCAGUUUUUGACGUGUUGGAAGCAGCAGGUUUUAAAGAUUUGCAGGAUCUUGCUCACGAUAUGCAGCGGCGGGAUAUGGACCCCAACGUGAUUUUCCACGAUUUGAAAACCUUUCAAAAUCGAGGCAUCAAUGUCCUGCUCAAACCGCAGCAGGCACAAGUUGAGCAGGAAAGUCCUAUGCAGGAUGACCAGAUGCCACAAGAUGCCACAUUGCCUCCGCCUCAGGUUUGGAGACCGAUUCCGACGUUUCACCCACCUGACAAGGCGAUUCGAUGGUACGGUGACCCGUUGGUAAGAACCAUAGCCAGCUGGUUUUGGCAAGUGGUGCAUGGUAGCAGAGAAGAUUUGAUUUGGGUUUCACAUUUUCAGCUCUAUGUGGACUUCAUGUUGACGACGGGUGAGCCCGGGCCGGUGCACCAGUCCAAGUGGAGAAACGGCAAG